AUGAUUAGAGCGCAAACUGUCGUGGCUCGUACACCGAGUGCGCUUCUUGCUUCUCUUGAUCGUUUUCAUUUGCAGUCCAAAAGGAAAGGUGAUACGCUCCUCUUUGCCCUUUCCGCUCCCUCAGAUGCCCUGUCUAUCAUAACAUCACAUCUAAAAUCACAUUUUCCUCGUCACAUCGGAUGCCUAUCGUCUCCGCUACCGGCGUACCGUUCGUACAUCAUGUGUGCUAUUGCGCUGCUAGAUGGGAUUGCAUUCCGAUCGACAAUUGCUGGUCGCGCUGAUCCCCAGGUUGGCCGAUGGCAUGCUGCAAGGCACUCAAGUACACAACAACUACCCGCAGCACAAUCGAACGUUUUUGGGGAAUUUAACGGAGAUUUGGGCCGAAUUAACUGGGAGGAUAUAUGGGAUAGGAGCGCCAUGUCUGCUCAGGAGAUACCCGUGGAGCUGAGAACGGUGAGACCUGAAGAUGUGUCUUCUAUACUGUAUUUCUCGGACAAAGCCCCGGAAGGCAUUGCGAAGGCACUGAAGGCAACUUUUCCGCAUUCACAUGAGGCGGGUUUUCUAGCGUCGUCAACUCCUUUCAUCACAGGUCGGCCAGUGACGCUUUUCCACGAUGGCGAAAUAUACUCAGAUGGAGCAAUUGGAAUUGCCCUUCAGCCUUCUCUGGGUCAUACUUCACUAACAGUCGAAUUUCCUGGUUUGGUCGAUCUGACUCCGGAUUUGCACAUAACAAGCUCUGAGGGGAAUCUCAUAGUCACGGUCGAUCAUGGAAAUCCUACACGUCUCCUCCUUGCUGCAAUGUACAAACAUGGCCUUGACAGUCGUAACGUCCUGCUCAAGGACGAUGAAUUCUAUGUUGGCGUCAUGAGUGGCGGCAAGGUAGAACGGUUACAUCGUAUAAUCUCGGGUGACCCUUCACGCGGCACCAUUGCCCUUGGGACAAUGAGUGCACCACCGCAGGGCUCCAUCAUAAGAGUGGGUCUUUGGACAUCUGAAUGA